AUGGCAUCCUUCGCCUCCCAGACCUACACUCCCACCGAGGAGGCUGAGAUCCAGCAAUGGCUCACCACCUCCGAGCGUCUCAAGUCCCCCGAGGACAAGUCCACCAUCCUCGAGACCCUCGACAACCACCUCUCCAGCCGCUCCACCCUCCUCGGCAGCAAGCCCUCCAAGGCCGACGUCGCCAUCUACGAGACCCUCGCUCCCAUCGUCGCCAAGUGGUCUCCCGAGGAGCGAACCGGCGAGAAGGGACACCCCCACAUCGUCCGCCACGUCGACUUUGUCCAGAACUCUCCCCUGUUCGGCCUCAAUGUCAAGGAUGAGAACAAGGUCCAGGUUGAUCGUGAUAACGUCCUCUAUGUGAAGCCUCCCGUUGACGCCAAGGCUGAGAAGGAGAAGAAGAAGAAGGAGGCUGCUGCUGCCGCCGCUGCCACUGGUGGUGAGGCUUCGCUUGUUGAUCGCACCAAGGAGAAGGUCAAGGAGGUUGUUGAGACGGCCAAGGAGAAGAUUGCUACUGAUAAGCCUAAGAAGGAGAAGAAGGAGAAGGCUCCCAAGCAAAAGGCUGCUCCCGCCCCUGCUGCUCCUCUCUCCCCUGCUCUCAUUGACCUCCGAGUCGGUCACAUUCUCAAGGCCAUCAACCACCCCGACGCCGACUCCCUCUAUGUUUCCACCAUCGCUGUUGGCGACAAGCCCGGCAACGAGGACUACGUCGAGUACGAGGGUCAAAUCUGCCGCACCGUCUGCUCUGGUCUCAACGGCCUCAUCCCCCUCGAGUCCAUGCAGGGCCGCAAGGUCGUCGUGGUCUGCAACCUCAAGCCCGUCAAGAUGCGCGGCAUCAAGUCCUGCGCCAUGGUCCUCGCGGCCUCUCCCAAGAUCAAGGAGGGUGAGGUUGACGACCACAAGGGCCCCGUUGAGCUCGUCACCCCCCCUGAGGGUGCCAAGGCCGGCGACCGUGUUUGGUUCGAGGGUUGGGAGGGUAGCCCCGAGGGUGUUCUCAACCCCAAGAAGAAGAUCUGGGAGACUUUCCAGCCUGGUUUCACUACCACUGAUGGUCUUGAGGUUGCUUUUGAUGCGGGUGUUGUUGAGCAGCUUGGAAAGACUGGCCGUGGACGUCUUGUUACUGAGAGUGGUGGUGUCUGCACUGUCCCCAGCCUCAAGGAUGCCGUUGUACGAUAA